AUGCGCCUGCUAAUUUUGGAUACGCCACAGGAUGUUGCCGAAUGGGCAGCAAAAUAUGUAAUGAAACGCAUCCUGGAUUUCGCCCCGAGCGAGGAACGUUAUUUUGUCCUCGGUCUUCCAACUGGUUCCACACCUUUGGCCAUGUAUAAACGACUUGUGGAAUUCCACAAGGCCGGCAAACUGAGCUUUCGUUAUGUGAAGACAUUCAACAUGGAUGAGUACGUUGGCCUACCGCGAGAUCACCCGCAAUCGUACCAUUAUUACAUGUACCAUAAUUUCUUCAAGCAUAUUGACAUUUUGCCUCAGAACGCUCGUGUGCUUGACGGUAUGGCAGACAAUUUGGAUUUGGAAUGUGAACGGUAUGAGGAGGAAAUUGAAAAAGCCGGUGGUAUUGAUCUAUUCGUUAGUGGAAUAGGACCGGAUGGUCAUAUUGCUUUCAAUGAGCCCGGUUCCAGUCUGGCCUCACGUACCCGACUCAAAACGUUGGCCAAAGAAACCAUUGUGGCCAAUGCGCGGUUCUUUGAAAACGAUUUGUCCAAAGUUAGUCUACCCGUCUUGUUUUGUGCCCGCAAACAGGACCUGUGUUUCUGUUGA